UCCGGCCUGGCACAGAGCCCUCCUGGCCGCGGGGAGCCCGGGCCACACGGGAACAGCGGGGCAGCCCCGGACUCUUCUCCAGUUCGCGGUGCCUCCGCUCCUGGGGGCUCCUCCCGGGGACAGCUGGGGUUGUUCAGCCUGGGGAAGAGAAGGCUCCAGGGUGACUUCAGAGCCCCGUCCAGUGCCUAAAGGGGCUCCAGGAGAGCUGGAGAGGGACUGAGGACAAGGACAUGGAAUGACGGGACAAGAAGAAGCUUCCCACUGCCAGAGUCUCUGGAGAUACAGCCUGAACUUUUCGUUCACAUGGCAGCAGCAAACUCUUCUCCACCUGGUUCUUUGGAUCUAAACCAGCCUGGGUUUGCAAAGGAGAUUCUGGGAACUAAACUGGAGGUCAAGUACCUGUGCUCUGAUUGCAAGAACAUCCUGAGGAGGCCGUUCCAGGCACAGUGCGGCCAUCGCUACUGCUCCUACUGUCUGAAGAAAAUCAUCAGUGCUGGACCUCAAAAGUGUGCCAGCUGUAUCCAGGAAGGAAUAUAUGAAGAAGGAAUUUCUAUUUUGGAAACAAGCUCGGCUUUCCCAGACAACGCGGCUCGGCGGGAAGUGGAGAGUCUGCCUGCUGUCUGCAUCAACAGUGGCUGCACCUGGAAGGGAACUAUCAAAGAAUACGAGGCUCAUGAUGAAGUCUGCCCUGAAUUCCCGCUGACUUGUGAAGGCUGUGGGAAGAAGAUUCCCAGGGAGAAGUUUCGGGACCAUGUGAAGACGUGUGGCAGAUCCAAAGUACCUUGCCGGUUCGAGGUUGUGGGCUGUGCUGAGGUGGUGGAAAAUGAAAAGCUCCUGGAACAUGAAAGGAAGUGUUUGGCAGAGCAUCUCUACAUGCUUCUGAGCUCUGUGCUCAGCCUCAAUACUGGUGCUGUGGACCCGAAACCCCUUCCUGUCCUUUCCUCAUCACAAAACAGCUCCCCACUGCUGGCAGCAAACUCACUGUGCUCAGAGUCAGAGCUCUCUCGGUCCCUGGAGCUCUUGGGAAGGUGUGAGGCCCUUGAGAGGAAAACAGUGACCUUUGAGAACAUUGUCUGUGUGCUCAACCGGGAGGUGGAGAGAGUAUCCCUGACAGCUGAAGCCUACAGCCGCCAGCACCAGCUGGACCAGGAGAAAAUUGAAACACUGAGCAACAAGGUCCGGCAGCUGGAGAGGAGCAUUGGGCUCAAAGACCUGGCCAUGGCUGAGAUGGAGGAGAAGAUCCGCAACAUGGAGGCUUCCACCUACGAUGGAGUUUUCAUCUGGAAGAUAACGGAGUUUGCCCGGAAGCGUCAGGAGGCGAUUACGGGCCGCUCUCCUGCCAUCUUCUCUCCAGCUUUCUACACCAGCAAGUACGGCUACAAGAUGUGUCUGCGUGUGUACCUGAACGGGGAUGGCACUGGCCGUGGGACCCACCUGUCCUUGUUUUUUGUGGUGAUGAAGGGACCCAACGACGCACUGCUGCGGUGGCCCUUUAACCAGAAGGUCACCCUGAUGCUUCUGGACCAGAAUAACCGGGAGCACAUCAUCGACGCCUUCCGCCCUGACGUGACGUCCUCGUCCUUCCAGCGCCCUGUCACGGAGAUGAACAUCGCCAGUGGCUGCCCCCUCUUCUGCCCUGUGUCCGUCAUGGAAGCCAAGAACUCCUACGUGCGUGAUGAUGCCAUCUUUAUUAAAGCCAUCGUUGAUCUCACGGGCCUCUAACCCUCCUGACCUCAGAGCAAUGAGUGUGGAGCCAGCACUGCCCAGGGUAUCUCCUGCUUCAGACGGGUCUCAGAGCGAGAGAAGGGGGCACAGAGAGGGGAAAAGCCCUUCCUGAAAAGGAACCUUUGCUCUGAGUGGAUACCAGGUGUCUGAUGGGAGCCAUCUUUUGUGAGGAGAGGGUUGGUGGACACUGGCAGGCUGUGAGAUAUUAAGAUUCCCUGCAGGGACUUGGGUGUCUGAACCGCUGUUGUCUGGACUCCAGUGGAAACCAGUGCAGCUCUUGCUCUACCUAUUUAGCCGACAUCCACAGCUCUCCAUAGUAAAACAGCAGUCUGCCCUGCCUGAGGUCCACCUCCGGUGGAUUUGGGCUCAGCUGUCGAGGCUUUCCUUCUGAGAUCUCCAUGUUCCUGGAAGUUGUGUGCUGUAGGGUACCAUGGCUCUGCACCGCUGGUUGCUCCCUGCCCUGGGAGGCAGGAGGGUGUGUGACAGCUGCAGUGUCGGCUGGGCAAGAGGGACACAGACUUGAUGCCAGCUGUGGCAUCAAACACAGGUUUGAUGCCGUUGGUAUGUUAGGAGAGUGCUGAGCCCAGCUGCAGGGCGGGGGAGCCCUGAGUCCAGCCCUUGCUGGGUUUGUGAUGGGUUGUGUGUGCUGGAGUGUGCAAUGGGGCAGGAGGUGCUGCUGCCCAGAAGGGACUGUGGGGCAGCACCAGGGAUGCCUGUAGGGCUGGAGAAGUGAAUUUGCUGUGGAGUUUGUCCCUCCUGUACCAGGAGACGAGGAUGAUGGAGAGCUUGGUGAGAGCUCCAGGCCCUGCCCCCCUCUGCCCUGUGUGCCAAGCAGCACUGGGUGGGAUGGGUACUGUGCUAGGAGCUGUCUUUGCUCAUAUGCAAAGGUACAGGCCCUGAACUGGCUUCACUCCCACGGUGGGACAGCUUCACCAGCCUUCCCAGGGCUCCUGCUGCUGUCGAGCUCCAUGUCCAUCUUGGCCACACUGCCAUGUAUGUCUGGGCACUGCCACCUCAGGAUCUGGGAUAUAUACUGUCUGCCCAUGCACUGGGCACUGCUGGCCAGCCCCUGCCCUCCCACAGGGCCUGCAGUCAGCAGCAGCAGCAGCUGCUCUCUCUCAUUGUUCCUCCCCAUCCCUGAGCUCGGGAGUCACGGGCCAGCUGGUUCCAGGUGACAGCACCCUGCUGCUGUCCAGGAACUCAGGAGUGCCCAAUGCCCUGCAGGCUGAGCUGGACCCUGGUCCAAGCUGAACCUUUUGCACCCACAGCUGCUGUGCUGGCCAAGGGCUGUCCAGACAGGUGCUGGGGUUACCUGUUAGCCACCUUGGGAAUUGCUGUGUGGAGCUUCUUACACCUGUGUAUGCAGGGCCUGGGGACAGACCCAGCCCCUGCUGUAGGGGGAGGGGGACAGAAGCUGGUGACAGCACAGUGUGAGGUGGGAGAGGGGGUGACAGGACCCUUCCCUUUGUGCAAGCUAUCUCCAGCCUGUCCCAAGGGACAGAUCAAGCCCUGUGUUGCUGCUCUCACCCUGUUGCCUUAUGAGGAAAAUCCAGGCUAGCAGAGCCCUGCUCCCAUCUACAGCAGCUCCGCAGUGGAUGCUUGGAAAAGCCUUCCUGUCCUGGAAGGGAGAGGAAGGUCAGUUCUGCUCACAGAAUCCCUGGAAAUUAAGUGUUAUGUGGGGGGUAGCUUGUUCUGCCUGCAGCAGGACUGGGGGCUUCUGACCAGGUAGUGCCAGGAGGGACUGUGGAGACGCUGUCUCACUUUGGAGUGUCUGGGCUGCUUUCGGGGUGGGAGCUGGUCCUCCUGCCCCAGCACGUUUGGAAGGUCGAUGGGUGAGUAGUUGCUGCAGCAAAGCUCAGGCUGAGCUCUCAGGCCACCGGUUACUGCUGGAGGGAAGACAUGGCCUGUCAGCCCCUCCCACCAGGAACUUUUUCCUCCCCACCCUUCUGGAGCUGCUGAUGCUGUCCCAGCCUUUUUUGGCCCUUAGCAGCUCUGGAACUGGCAGCAGAAAUUGUACUUAUGUGCUGCAGACAAGGGCCCAGCCCUUUCCUGGCCAGCCUGGAAGCCACAUGGACAAACACUGGACAAAAGCCACUGCUGCAUUUUUGUGGGUUUUUUUUUUUUUUUUUCCCUUUUCACCACACAAUCUCAGUCUGGCACUGUGAACUAGGUCUUGUUUUCCUUGAGGGUGUAGUAUGGUUAGAAGCACUAAUAAAAGAUGUUUGAACAGCA